UCUCUUCCUCUCCACGCGGUGGACCGAGUGCGCGGCCGCACCUGCCGGGGCCGAGGGAUGCCGGGGAGACUGCGGAGCGGCGCGGCCUCGGAGUCCGACGGGGCCAUGGGCAGCGGGGACAGGGCGCGCAGGCCGAGCGAGAAGAAAAAUAAAAAAGAAAAGCCAAAGCCUAACAAGAUUGAAGAGGCAGAAGAACAGGAAGAAGUCAUUUUUCCCAAAGCUAAGAAAAUUAAAAGGAAAGCAGAGCCUUCUGAGGUUGAAAUCAGUUCCCUUAAGUCCAAAAAGGCAACAAAGAAAGAGGAGCCUUCUCCAGAUGACGUGUCGCCUUCUCCAGAUGACAUGUCUCCUAAAAGCAAAAGUGUGAAAAAGAAAAAGGAGUCUGUAGAAAAGAAUGUUAAUUCUCCUAAAACCAAAAAGGUAAAAAUCGAGGAGCCCUCCGAAGAAGAAAUAGAAACUCCUAGGCCCAAAAAGAUGAAGAAAGAAAAAGAGAUGAAUGGAGAAGUUGGGGAGAAAAGUCCCAAAAUAAAGAAUGGAUUCCCUCAUUCUGGACCUGAUUCUAACUCCAGCGAAGCUGCCAGUGAAGAAAGUAACCCCGAGUUAGAGCAGGAAAUGUCUGUGGAACAAAAAGAAGGCGCUUUCUCUAACUUUCCCAUAUCUGAAGAUACUAUUAAACUUCUCAAAGCACGUGGGGUGACAUUCCUGUUUCCUAUACAAGCAAAGACAUUUCACCAUGUCUAUAGUGGGAAGGACCUAAUUGCACAGGCACGGACAGGAACUGGCAAGACCUUCUCCUUUGCCAUCCCGUUGAUCGAGAAACUUCUGGGAGAACUGCAAGACCGGAAGAGAGGCCGUGCCCCUCAGGUACUGGUUCUUGCACCCACAAGGGAGUUGGCAAAUCAAGUGAGCAGAGAUUUCAGUGACAUCACGAAAAAGCUGGCAGUGGCUUGUUUUUAUGGUGGAACUCCUUAUGGAGGUCAAAUUGAACGCAUGCGGAAUGGGAUUGAUAUCCUGGUUGGGACACCGGGUCGUAUCAAAGACCACCUACAGAACGGCAAGUUAGAUCUCACCAAACUGAAGCAUGUUGUCUUGGAUGAAGUUGACCAGAUGUUGGAUAUGGGAUUUGCCGAUCAAGUGGAAGAAAUAUUAAGUGUGGCAUAUAAGAAAGAUUCGGAAGACAAUCCCCAAACACUGCUCUUCUCUGCAACGUGUCCUCACUGGGUGUUUAACGUUGCUAAGAAGUACAUGAAGUCGUCCUAUGAACAGGUGGACCUGAUCGGUAAAAAGACUCAGAAAGCGGCAAUAACCGUGGAGCAUCUGGCCAUCAAGUGUCACUGGACCCAAAGGGCAGCAGUUAUUGGGGACGUGAUCCGAGUGUACAGCGGGUUCAAUGGACGCACCAUCAUCUUCACUGAAACCAAGAAAGAAGCACAGGAGCUGUCCCAGAGCUCAUCCAUUAAGCAGGAUGCCGAGUCAUUACAUGGAGACAUUCCACAGAAGCAAAGAGAAAUUACCCUGAAAGGUUUCAGAAAUGGCGAUUUUGGCAUUUUGGUUGCAACUAAUGUUGCCGCACGUGGGUUAGACAUCCCUGAGGUUGACCUGGUUGUUCAAAGUUGUCCACCAAAAGAUGUGGAGUCCUACAUUCAUCGUUCUGGGCGAACAGGAAGAGCUGGAAGAACAGGGAUCUGCAUUUGCUUCUACCAGCACAAGGAGGAGUAUCAGUUAGUCCAAGUGGAACAGAAAGCGGGAAUUAAAUUUAAACGAAUCGGCGUUCCUUCUGCAACAGAGAUCAUCAAAGCUUCCAGCAAAGAUGCCAUCAGGCUUUUGGAUUCCGUUCCUCCCACGGCCAUCAGUCACUUCAAACAGUCGGCAGAGAAGCUGAUCGAGGAGAAGGGAGCCGUGGAAGCCCUGGCCGCCGCUCUGGCCCACAUUUCAGGCGCCACCUCAGUGGACCAGCGCUCCUUGAUCAACUCACAGGCGGGCUUUGUGACCAUGAUCAUGAAGUGCUCGAUUGAAAUGCCAAACAUCAGUUACGCGUGGAAGGAGCUUAAAGAGCAGCUGGGCGAGGACAUUGAUUCCAAAGUGAAGGGAAUGGUCUUUCUCAAAGGAAAGCAGGGUGUUUGUUUUGACAUCCCGACGGCUACAGCAACAGAAGUUCAGGAAAAAUGGCACGAUUCUCGGCGCUGGCAGCUGUCCGUGGCCACAGAGCAGCCCGAGCUGGAGGGACCGAAGGAAGGGUUCCGGAACUUCCGGGGCCAGAGGGACGGGAACAGAGGCUUCCGGGGACAGCGGGAUAGAAGCAGAGGCUUCCGGGGACAGCGAGGAGGUGGCGGCAACAAGAGCAGCAGGUUUCAGAACAAAGGCCAGAAACGGAGUUUCAGCAAAGCCUUCGGUUAGGCAAACCCAGGGGCGUUGUAGGGCCUGGAGCACUGUUUGGCAACUGAACAUGAUUUUUCACAUUGUGUUUCGCCCCGACUCCUUGCCGUCUCCGUUCCCCAUUUCUUUGGCACAGCCUUCAUUUCAUUUUUUCAUCUCGCUAUGGUUAGUGAUAUUAUUUCUACUUCUGUGGCAGGUUUUCCCUUGACCAGGUACAUUAAUUCAGUUUUAUUCUGAUGUAUUAUCUGUAGGUUGCAGGAUGAAAUCAGGUGCGCACAUGCCCAUACUUUCAAAGGUGAUUUAUCUUUGUACUUCGGAGUGUUUCAGUAGUGUUCUUUCCUCAUACCUGUGGGGAAUGCAGCAGUCUUUGGAGAAGCAAUUUGAGGAGUCAAGGCUUUCUUCUGUAAUUGGCUUUCCUCCUCGGCAACUGCCUAACAACUGGGCGGAUGGCCCCGGAACGCGUCUCCUGAGGAUCGGUCCCGAGCAGCGUUCCGAAGCAGAAUUUUUAAGCUGGGCUGGGAUAAUCACAACGUGUGUCCCAGCACGCGGCCUCUGUUUGGGAGAUGGUGAUGCAGCUGCUGGUGGGCAAGCUUGGCCGCUGUUGUGUAUUUUAAGACAUUUUAACUUCUCAGUAUGAGGUGAUUCGUUCUUCAGAUUUUACAUAUGUAUGGACUUUAAAAAAAUAGUAAACAAGUUUCUGUAAGGAAUUUCAAAUGGUAACCUUUCUUCCAAAGGAGGCUGGACUAAUAGUGACUAAAGAUAAUGAAUUUCGUGUUGGACAAUGAACAUUCUUAGCAAGAAGGGAUUAAAGGAAUAGUGGGCUCAAUUUGGAUUGUUGAGCGUGUGUUAAAUGAGAAUUAGUGAAUACGCACUGUAAAGCAUUCUUUCAGUGUUGAAAACACUGGGCUAUUAAUGUCAGUAACUUCAAUGGGCGUAAGAAAAUUUUAGCUAGAAAGAUCCAACUUAGCUUCUCAAAGACCUGGUUCCUAUUUAUAGACAUAGUAUAAGAUGCCCCCUACCCCUACUUACAAUCACAGUGCACACAGUGCAGGAUUUUCCGGUUUUGGCUGGUUGGAGACUUAAUUUUU